AUGGUGAUGAACGACGACUGUCCAAUCGACCAACAUACCCCGACAGGCGAUGAAUCCCCGCCAAAAUCGCCGGCAACCGAAGUGAAUGGAAACAAAGAGUCGAAGGUUAACGAACCGUUGGGAACAAUUCACAAGCCAAUGCAUGAUGAAGCAUUAAUUAGUCAUAAUAUUUUAGUGGUGCCUGGAAUUCCUAAUGAGGCGACUAGGUCACGACAUGAGACAUCUGUAUCCAAUAUGGACCACACCCCCACUUUCGGGCCACCUAAGUCUCAUAAUAUCGGUCCAAUACAUAAUUUAGUCCCAUUAGGAUGCUUUGGGCCGUUCCCUAAUAACACAACUCCAUUCUCAUUUACAUCCCCUCAAGCCCAAAGUAAUGAUUCUGACAAUAAAGACACCAAUAGUGGACCCAAAAUAAAAAAAGAAAAAGGGACAAAUCUGCAACCAUCGCCUCUCAUCAAUCUCACAAAGGAUACAACCUAA